ACCCGAGCGGGCGCGGCCACGUGGCGGGAGAGCAUGGCAUGGGAAUAGGAUCGACGUAUAUAGGCCGCCCCGGUCUCUCCAACUACAGUUUCGCAGAGAAAGAAGAACACAGAGCAGAGCGGAAUACAGAGAGAAUUCCCAGCUACGAGCUAGCAAACAGAGGCGAAUGAAUCUUCUUCAUCUCUAAAAUUCGCGUUCUUAGCCAGAAUUAUCAGCUCGCAUAAUCUUCAGGAAAGUUCAGGUCUGGUUUUGACAAUGUGCGUUGGUGUACGAGGAUUGGACUCGUUUUGGAUGCUGUCAACGAUUUCAUAUUUAAUCCGCGAUUUCAAUUGUCACGGUUUUUCUCUCCCUCGCUUCGGUUCAUUCAGGUCAGGUUGGUGGGAGUGGAGGUAGUUUCUCUGGAGUUGCUUCAAAGCGAUCAGCUGCGGGGGUAGGUGGGGCACUGUAGAGAACAGCUUCUGUGCCUUUUCUGCUUGGAGCCAAGAGGAAAUUGAAUAUGCAAACACCCAAAACAAGAACUGGCUCUUCAGAGCUCCCUCAGAGGACAUCUCCUGCAAAAACUCGAACUGUUCGGCAGCUGAAAACAGCAGGAUCCGAUUCUGAUUCAGUUCCCUCCAUGAAUCCAGUGAACAGGACACCUAAAAACAAAAGCAAAGUUGUAGAACUGAAAUUAUCCCAAAAUGCAGCAUCUCAGAAGAAGCGUACAAACAAAAUGUCUGAAAUAGAAUCACAGCUUACUCAGCUCCAGGAGGAACUGAAGAAUGCAAAGAACCAGUUGAGUUCAUCUGAAUCGAGGAAAAAGCAGGCUCGACAAGAGGCUGAAGAGGCCAAGAAGCAGUUGGCAGUCAUGACAACAAUGUUUGGGGAGUCCCAAAAGCAGCUGAUGGAACUUUCUGCUUGUGAUGACGAAAGGAUCCAAGAGCUCCGUAAGAUCUCCCAGGAGCGAGAUCGAGCAUGGCAGUCUGAACUUGAGGCUGUCCAGAAGCAGCACUCUAUGGAUUCUGCUGCCUUAGCCUCUACUUUGAACGAGAUACAGAAGCUCAAGAUCCAGCUUGAAAGGGUGGCUGAAUCUGAAGCUGUCCAGGCUAGGUAUGCAGAAUCAGCACAUUCUAAGAUACAAAAUUUACAAAUGGAGCUCAAAGAAACUCUGUCCCUCGUAGAAGAGCUGAAAGCCCAGCUUGCUGAUUGUAAAGAAUCUGAAGCUCAAGCCUUAAAAACUGCAACUGAUGCGAAGGUCCAACUGGAAGUUGCAAAGACAACUGAAGAGACUCUCAGGUCAGAAAAUCUUAAAGCCUUGGAAGCGAACAGAUCCUUGGUUGUGGAAUUGGAGCAGUCAAAAGCCCGAGUUAAUUCAUUGGAGGAACUCGUUGGCAAGCUCCAGUCUGAUCUAGGUAAUAAUACCAGCAAUAGUUCAUCAGAUCCUUUAAGGAAUACUGAUUCUGUCUCGGGAAAUGGAGAACAUGAUGAUUCGGUUCAGCUCAGAGCGGAACUUAAUCAUGUCAAAUUUGAAGUAGGUCAAUUAAGAUCUGCUCUGGAUGCAGCUGAGAGAAGGUACCAUGAGCAGUAUAUCCAAAGCACAUUGGAGAUUAGACGUGCUCAAGAACUAGCAGAGGAGUCUAAAUCAGAGUCAUCAUUGAGAGAAGCUGAACUGGAAUCAAAUUUGAAGAAGGCAAAAGCCGAGAUUGAAGAAUUAAAUGCUAAGCUGAUGGCUAAGGAAACUAAACUGCAGAGUAUUUUGGAGGAGAAUGAGAGAGUCAGUCAAAAGAUUGAGGAAAAUCAGACUAGUGAAAGGGAAUCUAAACUUGAAACGGAGAUGAAGAAGUUUGAGUUGGAUUUGUCACAUUUGAAGGCGGUUUUAUUGGACAAAGAAACAGAAUUGCAGAGUGUAACCGAGGAAAAUAAGAUGCUGAAGUCAGGAAUAAUAGACCGGGAAACAGGGCUCAACAAAGCAAACGAAGCAGCCCUUGCUUUAGCAGAAGCAGCUCGAGCUGCAGAACAAGAAGCCUUGUUGAAACUGGGCUAUUUAACAGAGGAGGCGGAUAAAAGCAGCCGAAGAGCUGCUCAAGUUACUGAGGAGCUGGAUGCAGCACAAACCUCAAAUUCAGAGUUGGAAGUCGAGUUAAGGAGAUUAAAGGUGCAGUCAGACCAGUGGAGGAAGGCAGCCGAGGCAGCCAUAGCUAUGCUUUCAACAGGGAAAAAUGCCAAGUUUGUGGACUUAACCGGUUCUCUUGACAGCAACGGCCAAUCCAUCGGGGGAGAGCUAGGUUUGCCUUUCUCAGAAGACACGGACGAUGAAUCAGCCAAGAAGAAAAAUAGUAACAUGUUGAAGAAGAUCGGUGUCCUGUUGAAGAUGGGCCAAAAGUAGCCAUGGCCUGGCAGUACGUUUUCGUUGCUGCAGAGUGCCGGGUUUUUGUCGCAGCAAAAACCAUUCUCAGAGUCUGUACAGCUACUGGAAAUGGAUGAACUCCUAGUGUUUCAUUCGUCUUACCCCUGCCAGAUAUGGCAGUUUUUGGUGGAUUCUGCAAGUGUUAUAUUCUUUCUAUUUUCUGUUUAUUAUAGUAAAGCAUCAGGUCCGCGUGCUCUAUAAGAAAAUGUAUGAGAUGCAGUUGCAUGUUUGGGAAUAGAAGCUCUGUGUCCUUGCUGUUAGGAUAAAAUGUAAAGGUGGCAUUGUGAGAAGAUUAAUUUGGUCAGUAAGUUUGCACUUUGCACUGUGCACCCUGCAUAUAAGGAAAUAGACAAUUUGCCACUUCUCGCUUUUAACACACUCCAGUAAUACUCUAUUUGGGUUUUGUAAUAAUCAUUGUAAUAGCUAUAGCGUGUUAUUUUAAUGGCAUGAUAUAACAAUAAUCAUUUUUAUAUUAAUUCCG